AUGCAACUACAAUACCAAUUGUGUGUUGUCGCAUUGCUGCUCUUAAUUAUUCCCGAAUCAGUAUACACCCAAUCAACUGCAACAUGUCAAACAGCCGUUUGGAACAGUACCUUUCGAAUUUUAGCAGGUAUAUCAGGAGCGGCAUACAGUACAUCAACAACACUGUAUAAUCCAUAUCGUGCUGUGUUUGGUCCAACCAAUAUACUAUAUGUAGCGGAUCAGGCUAACAAUCGUGUUCAAAAAUUUGUCGGUGGAUCACCAACAGGAAUAACCGUACCAGGUUUAUCUUUAGCAGCUCCAAGUGAUCUUUAUGUUGACAGUAAUAAUGUUCUGUUUAUAUUGGAUACUACUAAUUACCGCGUACUGCGUUGGAAUAAUAGCGUUGUUACAACAGUAGCUGGUGGUCAUGGUGCCGGUUCAGCAAAUAAUCAAAUCACGACAAGUUAUUCAAUGUUUAUUGAUUCAUCAUCUAAUAUAUAUGUAUCAGAUUAUGGAAAUCAUCGUGUUGUGUUAUGGUCAGAUGGAAAUCCAAACACAAGUGCAGCUAUAGGUAUCACCGUAGCCGGUCAGUCAGGUGUAUCAGGUUCAGCGUCAUAUCUUUUAAAUUAUCCAUCAUCGGUUAUCUAUGACCAAUAUAAUUACCUUUAUAUUCUUGAUGAUGGUAAUGACAGAAUUCAACGUUGGGUUCCCGGAGCAACCUAUGGAAUAACUGUUGCAGCAACAACAAUGUCUAGUUCACGAGGAUUAACUUUUGAUCCCUAUGGAAAUAUAGUUGUAGCCGAUUCUGGCUAUCAUAGAAUUAUUUCAUUUGCUAUGUCAUGUGCUCAAGUAACCAUAUCAAUGUGUCAAACAGCUGCUUGGAAUCAAAGUUUUACAGUUUUAGCUGGAUCAUCAGGAAAUCGUGGAACAUCACCCACUUUACUAUACAAUCCAUAUAGUUCAUUUAUUGAUAUUUAUGGAAAUCUUUAUGUUGCUGAUUUUUAUAAUCAUAGAAUUCAAUAUUUUCGAAGUGGCUCAACAACAGCAAUAACAAUUGCUGGUACAACAUCAACCGGUGGUCCAACUUAUUCUCAACUAAAUAAUCCGUCAUCUAUUUAUGUUGAUUCAAAUAGAAAAAUGUACAUAUUAGAUGCAAGUAAUUGUCGUGUACUUCAAUGGACUCCUGGAGAUUCACGUGGUUUUCCUAUUGCUGGUGAUCAUGGUUGUGGAUCAGCAUUAACUCAAAUAGAUACUAGUUAUUCUAUGUUCAUUGAUAAUCAAUAUAAUAUUUAUAUAUCAGAAUAUGGAAAUCAUAGAGUUACAUUAUGGUCAUCAACCAAUACAUCAGCUGGAACUUUAAUUGCUGGUGGAUAUGGUUCUGGAAGUACAUCAGAAAAGCUUUAUUACCCAUGGGGAAUCUAUGUUGAUUCAAAUCAGGCAGUUUAUAUUGCUGAUAGAUCGAAUCAUAGAGUACAACUUUGGUAUUCAGGAGCAUUGUCAGGUAUAACUGUAGCUGGUACAACAGGUAGUUCAGGUCCUUGGUCAUAUCAAUUCAGUAAUCCAACUGCUAUUACUCUCGAUCCAUAUGGUUAUAUAUAUAUUCUGGAUACUGGAAAUUCGCGAGUCCAAAAAUGGUUACCAGGAGCAGACUUUGGAACAACAGUUAUAUUAACAUCAAUGAGUACUCCAUAUGGGUUAAUGUUUGAUCUUCGUGGAAAUAUUGUUAUUACUGAUUCCUUCAACUAUAGAAUUAUAUCUUUUGCUAUGAUAUGCCCUAAUGCAACAACAACAACAGUAUCACCACCAACUACACCACAGACUUCAUUGUGUCCAACAGCUCAAUGGAAUCAAACAUUAACUGUAGUAGCUGGGAUAACAUCAAGUGCAGGAACUACAGGAAUUUUAUUAUAUAGUCCAUAUAAUAUUUAUUUUGAUGGAUAUCAAAAUUUAUAUGUUGCUGAUACGACUAAUCAUAGAAUUCAAUAUUAUCCUCGCGGAACAUCAAUAGGUACCACUGUUGCUGGAAGUUCAGGUUCUGCUGGUAGUACCUAUUCACAAUUAUAUAAUCCAUAUGCAAUUUAUGUUGACUCAAAUCGAGCAAUGUAUAUAUUAGACACCAGUAAUUAUAGAGUUUUACGAUGGCAAUUUGGUGACUCACUUGGUUAUGUUGUUGCCGGUGGAAAUGGUAAUGGUGGAGCAUAUACUCAGAUCGGUGCAAGUUAUGCCAUGUUUGUUGAUAGUCAAUCGAAUGUCUAUGUAUCUGAAUCUGGUAAUCACAGAGUAACCUUAUGGCUAUCAACAAAUGCAACAGCAGGAAUAUUAGUUGCUGGUGGUAAUGGUGCUGGAAGUACAUCCGAAAGAUUAUACAAUCCUUGGGGUAUUUAUGUUGAUUCCAAUCAAACGAUGUACAUUGUUGAUAGAACUAAUCAUCGAGUACAACUAUGGCUUAAUGGAGCAAUAAGUGGUACUACUGUUGCUGGUGCAACUGGUAGUGCAGGUCCAUGGGCUUAUCAAUUGAGUAGUCCAACAUCAUUGUUGCUAGAUCAAUAUGGUUAUGUGUAUAUACUGGAUUUUGGAAACGAUCGAAUUCAAAAAUGGCUUCCAGGUGCAUCUUAUGGCACAACAGUUGUAUCAGCAUCUUUCUCAAAUCCCUAUGGAAUGCAAUUUGAUCUUCUUAACAAUCUUGUUGUAGCCGAUACUUCUAAUCAUCGCAUUGUAUCCUUCGGUGUUUUUUGUGGUAUGUUGAAAUAUUGUAUUAUAUUUUCUAUUCAUGAAAUGAGUUUUCAAAUUUUAGCUGCUACAACAACAACAACAAGACCUCCACCGACUACAUCACCCACGCCAAUAUGUGCAACAGCUCAAUGGAAUCAAACAUUUUCAAUUUUGGCUGGAAUAACAGGAAGUAUAGGAACAUCAACCACAUUAUUACGUAAUCCAUAUGAUGCUGUCUUGGAUGGAUAUCAAAACUUAUACGUUGCUGAUACAACUAAUCAUAGAAUUCAAUAUUUUCCUCGCGGAACAACAACAGGUAUAACUGUUGCUGGAAGUUCAGGUUCUGCUGGUAGUACCUAUUCACAAUUGUAUAAUCCAUCUGCAAUUUAUGUUGAUUCAAAUCGAGCAAUGUAUAUAUUAGACACAACUAAUUAUAGAGUUUUACGGUGGCAAUUUGGUGACCCAUUUGGUUACGUUGUUGCUGGGGGAAAUGGAGCUGGUGCAGCAUUAACUCAAAUAACAACAAGUUAUGGCAUGUUUGUUGAUAGUCAAUCGAAUGUCUAUGUAUCUGAAUCUGGUAAUCACAGAGUAACCUUAUGGCUAUCAACAAAUGCAACAGCAGGAAUAUUAGUUGCUGGUGGUAAUGGUGCUGGAAGUACAUCAGAACGAUUAAAUAGUCCUUGGGGUAUUUAUGUUGAUGUUAAUAGGUCAAUAUAUAUAUCUGACUAUUCAAAUCAUCGAGUUCAACUUUGGAAAUCUGCAAGCAGUGGUGUUACUGUUGCUGGUACAACUGGUGAUCCGGGUCCAUAUGCAUAUCAAUUAAAUAAUCCAACAGGUGUAACAAUAGAUCCAUAUGGCUAUAUAUAUGUAUUAGAUUCUGCAAAUGAUCGAAUUCAAAAAUGGUAUCCAGGUGCUACUUAUGGAAUAACAAUGAUAGCAGUACCAAUGAAUACUGCCUAUGGAUUGCACGCUGAUAAUCAAGGAAACCUUAUUGUUGCUGAUACAUAUAAUUAUCGAAUUUUAUCUUUUCCUAUGACAUGUCCUGGUACAACAACAACAACGACGGCACCACCAUUUCAAACAACUGUCCCAGUUUGUUCUACAGCUGUUUGGAAUCAAACAUAUUCUACACUAGUUGGAUCAUCAGGAGCAUAUGGUUCAACGCCAACAUUAUUAUAUAGUCCAUCAAGUAUUGCUUUUGAUGGAUAUGGAUAUAUGUAUAUUGCUGAUAUAAGCUCGAAUGUUGGAGAUACUGUAGCUGGUGUCACAAGUUCUUUGGGAAGUUCACGAGGACAACUUUAUAAUCCAAAUGGAUUGCAUGUUACUCGUAAUAGAACAAUGUUUAUAUUGGAUACAACAAAUUAUAGAGUUUUGAAGUGGCAAUUAGGAGAUCCAUUUGGGUAUAUUGUCGCUGGUGGAAAUGGUAAUGGUGCAGCAUAUACUCAAAUUGGUGUGAGUUAUGUUAUGUUUGUUGAUGGCAACUACAAUAUUUAUGUAUCAGAAUACAGUAAUAAUAGAAUAACAAAAUGGUCUAUGAAUAAUGCAACUUCAGGAGUUAUGGUUGCUGGUGGAAAUGGUGCUGGUAGUACAGCGGAUAAAUUAUCCAGUCCUUAUGGAAUCUUUGUUACUAGUAAUUCUAUAUAUAUUGUUGAUCAAGGAAAUCAUAGAGUGCAAAAUUGGGUUUUCGGUGCAAGUCUUGCUACAACAAUAGCCGGUUCAACAGGUGAUCCAGGGCCAUGGUCAUAUCAAUUUAAUACUCCAACAUCAAUUGCAAUUGAUCCCUACGGUUAUAUGUAUAUAUUGGAUUCUGCAAAUGAUCGAGUUCAAAAAUGGUAUCCAGGUGCACCCUAUGGAAUAACAGUUGCAUCAACAACAAUGGCUGCACCAUUGGCAAUGCAAUUUGAUCCUGUUGGUAAUCUUGUUGUAUCAGAUACAGGCUAUCAUCGUGUUAUAUCAUUCAAUAUAAUGUGUCCAUCACCAACAACAACAACAACACAGCCACCAACUCAAGCGGCAACACCAGUAUGUCAAACAGCUAUAUGGAAUCAAACAUAUUCAACAUUAGCUGGGUCAAUGUCAACAGCUGGAUCAACAUCAACAUUACUUUAUAAUCCAUAUGAUGUGAAUUUUGAUGGCUAUGGAAAUAUGUAUGUUGUUGAUUAUCAAAAUCAUAGAAUUCAAAAAUUUCUUCCAGGAUCGAAUGCUGGUACAACAGUAGCGGGUUCUUCAGGUUCAGCUGGAAGUUCUCGUUCACAGUUGUAUUAUCCAACCAUGAUUUUUGUCGGACCAAAUCAAGCAAUGUAUAUUUUAGACACAAGUAAUUAUAGGAUUAUAAAAUGGCAAGUUGGUGACACAUUAGGUUAUAUUGUUGCUGGUGGAAAUGGUAAUGGUGGAGCAUAUACCCAAAUUGGUACAAGUUAUGGAAUGUUUGUUGACCAAAAUUAUAAUAUUUAUAUAUCUGAACAAACAAAUCAUCGUAUUUCGAAAUGGUUUAAUGGAAAUACAUCUGCUGGAAUAUUAGUUGCUGGUGGAAAUGGGGCUGGAAAUACAGCAGAUAAACUGAAUUCACCAUGGGGAAUUUAUGUUGAUGGAAACGGAACUAUGUUCAUUGUUGAUAGAGGAAAUCAUAGAGUACAAAAAUGGAGUGCAGGUGCCAGUCUUGCUACAACUGUAGCUGGUUCAACAAGUGAUGCAGGUCCAUGGUCAUAUCAAUUUAAUAAUCCAACAGCAAUUACAUUGGAUCCAUACGGUUAUAUGUAUAUAGUAGAUUAUAGUAAUAAUCGAGUUCAAAAAUGGUAUCCUGGUGCAAGUUACGGUACAACUGUUGCAUCAGGAUCAAUGAAUUUGCCAUAUGGAAUGACAUUUGAUCGUCUUGGAAAUCUUGUUGUCGCUGAUUCAAGUUAUCAUAGAAUUAUUUCUUUUAGUAUUAUGUGUCCUUCACCCACAACAACAACAACAGCACCACCAAUGCUAACAACGAGUCCACUAUGUUCCACAUCUGUUUGGAAUCAAACAAUAUCAAUUAUGGCUGGUUCAACUUCAAAUGCUGGAUCAACAGCAACAUCACUGUAUAAUCCAUAUGAUAUUGACUUUGACGGUUAUGCAAAUCUCUAUGUUGUUGAUUAUCAAAAUCAUAGAAUUCAAAGAUUUCAACCAGGAUCUCUUACUGGUAUAACAGUAGCUGGCUCAUCAGGCUCAGCUGGUAGUACACGUUCACAAUUAUAUUAUCCAACAUCAAUGAGUGUAACAAAAAAUGGAACAAUGUUUAUAAUGGAUACAACAAAUUAUAGAGUUUUAAGAUGGCAAGUUGGUGACACAUUGGGUUAUGUUGUUGCUGGCGGAAACGGUAAUGGUGGUGCAUUUACUCAAAUUGGUGUCAGUUAUGAAUUAUUUGUGGAUGAUCAAAAUAAUGUUUACGUUUCUGACAAUGCUAAUCAUCGCAUUACCAAAUGGUACUCUACGAAUUCUACUACUGGAAUUUUAAUUGCUGGUGGAAAUGGUCUGGGAAAUACAGCAGAAAAAUUGAAUUCACCAUGGGGUAUUUAUGUUGAUAAUAGUGGUGGAUUAUAUAUUGUUGAUCGUGGCAAUCAUCGUGUGCAGUAUUGGCCAUAUAGAGGAAGUUUUGGUACAACAGUAGCUGGUUCAACAAGUGAUCCAGGUCCAUGGUCAUAUCAACUCAAUAAUCCAACAUCAGUUACACUAGAUAUAUAUGGUUAUAUUUAUAUUAUGGACUUUACCAAUGAAAGAAUUCAAAGAUGGUUUCCAGGUGCAGCAUUUGGUGUUACUGUUGCAGCAACAAAUAUGUAUAAUCCAUAUGGUAUGACAAUGGAUCCAUUUGGAAAUCUAAUAGUAGCUGAUACAUCUUAUCAUCGUGUUAUUUCAUUUAGUGUUACGUGUCCGGCUACAACAACAACAACACCCGUACCUGCAACUCAAGCAAUAAUUCCAUUAUGUCCAACAGCUAUUUGGAAUCAAACAUUUUCUGCAAUAGCUGGAACAGUGGGGUCGCCAGGGUCAACAUCCAUAUUACUUAAUACUCCAUAUGAUCUAGAUUUUGAUGCUUAUGGAAAUAUGUAUAUUGUUGAUUAUAAUAAUCAUCGAAUUCAACGAUUUCCAUAUGGAGCAUUUAUUGGUACAACAGUAGCUGGAUUUUCACUCGGAAGUGGAAGUUCACGUUCAGAAUUGUAUUAUCCAACAUCAAUAAGUGUAUCGCACAAUGAAACAAUGUUUAUAUUAGAUAGAAGCAAUUAUAGAGUUUUAAGAUGGCAAGUUGGUGACACAUUAGGUUAUAUUGUUGCUGGUGGAAAUGGUAAUGGUGGAGCAUUUACUCAAAUCGGUACAAGUUAUGGAAUUUUUGCAGAUGAACAAUAUAAUAUUUAUAUAUCUGAACAAACAAAUCAUCGCGUUACUAAAUGGUUAAAUGGAUAUACUGCCACUGGAGUUGCCGGUGGAAAUGGUGCUGGAAAUACAGCAGAAAAACUAAAUUCACCAUGGGGACUUUAUGUUGAUUCAAAUCAAUCAAUUUAUGUUGUUGAUAGAGGAAAUCAUAGAAUACAAAAAUGGGGUGCAGGAGUCAAUGGUGGUUUAACAGUAGCUGGUUCAACAAGUGAUCCAGGUCCGUGGUCAUAUCAAUUUAAUAGUCCGACGGCAGUUACAUUGGAUCCAUAUGGUUAUAUUUAUGUACUGGAUUAUAAUAACAAUCGAGUUCAAAAAUGGUAUUCUGGUGCAAGUUAUGGUACAACUGUUGUAUCAGGAUCAAUGAGUCUUCCAUAUGGAUUGAAAAUUGAUCGUCUUGGCAAUUUAGUUGUGGCUGAUUCAUCGAAUCAUCGUGUUAUUUCAUACAGUGUGAUGUGUCCUGCACCAACAACAACAACAACGUUACCACCACCUCAAAGUCAAAUUCCAUUAUGUGCAACAGCAAUGUGGAAUUCAUCAUUUACAAUGGUUGCUGGUGCAACAGGAACGGCUGGAUCACUAUCGACAUAUUUCUCUUCUCCAUAUGGUGUUAAUUUUGAUGCAUAUGGAUAUAUGUAUGUUGUUGAUUAUAAUAAUCAUAGAAUUCAAAGAUUUCGACAAGGAUCCAAUAUCGGAUCAACAGUAGCAGGUUUUAAUCCAUCAUCUGGUAGUGGACGUUCAGAAUUAUAUAAUCCAUCAGCUAUAUAUGUUGACACAAGUCAAACAAUGUAUAUAUUGGAUACUUAUAAUUAUCGCGUGAUGAAAUGGCAAGUUGGAGAUUCUAUUGGUACAACAAUAGUUAAUGGUCGAGGUGCUGGUUCAACAUUUGAUAAAAUAGGAAGAAGUCAUGGAUUUUUUGUCGAUAGUAAUUAUAAUAUUUAUAUAUCCGAAUAUGGAAAUAAUCGUGUUNAUUAG